AUGGGUGCAACUUAAGGGAUCACUUAGAAAAAAAUCUCACUCCGUUACUAAAAAUCAAUCGAUGUAAGAUCGACGAACGAAAAUCUCACAAUUUGUAGGUCGGUCUCUUCGUAAGACUCGAUCAAACUCGGUUCAUGCUAUAAGAUAGCUGUCUUGGGUAUGAAUACAGCAGUUGGAAAAACAGCCUUUAUCUGUAGUCUCAUAAAUUAAACUCCGAUGGUCAGUAACUUGCCUUAAACAAUUGGGUUAGAUGUUAAAUGCAUGUUGUAUUAACAAUAAAAAAUUCAAUUUUGGGAAUUCGAUUCAAGUGAAGGAGGUUUGUUAGAUUUAGAGAAUAGAAUGAAUGAUACUUUUAACUGUAUAAUGAUAAUUUUUGAAUAAUUUGAUGUUUCGUUGUUUAAGAGGAGAAUUGCGUAAGUUUAAAAGAUAUGUAAUGAAAACAAAAUGACAGGGAAAGUUCCCAUACAUCUAAUCGGCAAUGAUAGAUUGGAUAUGAAAAUAUCUGGAAAAGAAAAGGAAAUCCAGAGGAUGAUUCAAACAAUCUAUGAUGGAAACCGUAUAUUUGUUCACAUUGUUGACUUUACUCAAAUCAAAGAACUUAAUAAUUUGUUAUAAUUUGUAUUCAAAGAAAAAUGA